CCACCGGUAUCACUGCGCCACGGCCAUCUCGCCAGCCACCGUCUUUCCGGUGAAUCCAGGAGCUUCCGUCCCGGCGUCCAUGUCCGCGGCGGCCGCGGAUCUCCCGGCGGUUUCUACGAGGAGGGAGAGGCGGAGGGAGCGGAAGAAGCAGCGCCGCCGGCGCGCGCGUAGGGAGGCCGCAGCUGUCGCCCGGGCGGCAGCCGAGGCUCUCGCCGCCGACCCCGAGGAGGAGCGCCGCCUCCGCGAGCUCCAGGAGGCCGAGGCCGACGCGUCCGAGCGCGCGCGCCGCGCCUUCGAGGAUGCCGAGCGCCGCUGGCUCGAGGCCGCCGCCUCGCGUGCCGCGGAGAAGGCAGCGGCGGCGGCUGCGGAAGAAGAGGCGAGAGCUACCGAAGCUGCUGCACGCGAUAAGUAUAAAGAUGAACACAGAGACGUGUCUGAAGAUGAGGAAUGGGAUUAUGUUGAAGAUGGACCGGCAGAAAUCAUAUGGCAAGGAAAUGAGAUCACCGUGAAGAAGAAAAUGGUCAAAGUACCAAAGAAGGCCAAGGAUAAACCGCCAAGUCAAGAGGAAGAUAGACCUACAUCAAAUCCACUGCCACCUCAGUCUGCAGCUGUUGCUUCUCAGAGCAGAGAACCUUCCUUGUCUGCUCGAGAACUACUUGAGAAAGUUGCUCAAGAGACUCCAAAUUUUGGAACAGAACAGGAUAAGGCUCAUUGCCCAUUUUACCUCAAGACAGCAGCUUGCCGCUUUGGUGUGCGCUGCAGUAGGGUUCAUUUCUACCCUGAUAAAGCAUGCACAUUGCUCAUGAAAAACAUGUAUAAUGGUCCAGGCCUUGCUUUGGAGCAAGAUGAAGGGCUUGAGUUUACAGAUGAAGAGAUUGAACAGAGCUAUGAAGAAUUUUAUGAAGAUGUGCAUACAGAAUUUCUGAAAUUUGGUGAACUUGUCAACUUUAAGGUAUGUAGAAAUGGAUCAUUCCAUCUUCGAGGAAAUGUUUACGUGCAUUACAAAUCCUUGGAUUCAGCUCUUCUUGCCUACAACAGUAUGAAUGGAAGAUAUUUUGCUGGAAAGCAGAUAUCAUGCGAGUUUGUUGCUGUGACAAAAUGGAAAGCAGCAAUCUGUGGUGAGUACAUGAGGUCAAGAUUCAAGACAUGCUCACGUGGAGUUGCUUGUAAUUUCAUUCAUUGCUUUCGUAACCCUGGGGGAGAUUAUGAGUGGGCUGAUUGGGAGAAUCCUCCUCCUAAAUACUGGACUCGGAAGAUGGCUGCUCUUUUUGGUCCCUCAGAUGAUACUGUUUUUGACAAAGCAAGUGCUACCCUAGAUUUUGAAUGGUCACGCAGUUCAGAUAGGAGGAGGCUGAGAAGUUCUGAUGACAGCAGGUAUGUUUCAAGUAGAUAUAGGGAUGGAGAUGCACAUAAGAGACACUCGUCAAGAGAUUAUUCACAUUCAAAGCACGAACAGAGCAGCCUUAAGCAUGGGCACAGCCGACAUAGAAGAGAACCGUCUGCAGAGCAUAAACAACAAGGCCAAGAGAUUGAAGAUAAUACUGGUAGAUACUCUUCUGCCAUGGAAAAUGAAAGAGUGUCUAAAAAGCACAUAGGCAAAGAAAGAAGAAAUGACCAUGGUGAUGGACAACGAGACGAUAAAAUCAAGUCUAGAAAACACAGAUCUGAACGGCGUGAAAGUGUGGAGCCUGGAUGUUCUGAUUGGCAUUCAGAAUUUACUGAUGCAGGCGCCAGCAAGAGUCCUCCAGGCAGCAAGUCCACUGACAGGUACAAUGACCACAAAAGGAGCAGGAUGCAAUCCUAUGACGAUCCCUAUCUUGAAGGGCGCUAUUCCCCUUCACACAAAUCACCAAGAAAAGGGCGCAGCACUAAAAGAAGCUCCAGGCGUUCCGUAGGAGACGAUUCUUAUGAUGAGAAAGAUGGUGAAAGACACAAAUACAGAAAUCACAGUGAUCAUUUCGAUGACCCUGCGCCUGAUGAUAGAUGGUUAGCGACAAAUAGUGAUGUUGAUUCUGAUGCAAAACCUCAAUCCUCGAGGUCAAGCCGUAGACUUGGUAAGCUUGGAAGUGAGGAUAGCGCUCACCCAGACGAGGAUGAUCAUUAUGAAAGGUCCAGGGGUAGGCGUACUAAGUGGAGAAUGGAGGAUGACAAGAGCAGUAGGAAAAGGAAGCAUCACAGCAAAAUCAAGAAGGGAAGUGAUUGCGACGAAGAUCCUUCAGACUCGAAAGACACUAGGGAUUUGGGCUCUCAUGGGUGUAGUAGUCGAUCAAGAAGCAGCGAGGAGGAUGUUUCAUUGCACAGGUCGAGGAAGAGAAGUCGCAGUAGUUGUGAUUCGUGACUGACGCAGCUGAAUAUCUGGGCAUCUGGCCACUGGCAACUCUGGAUUUUGGACGAUCGAAUGCCGUAUAGAUGGUACUGCUUUUUUCCCCUUUCCUCUUUGCUGAUGAGAGGUUCUUUUCUGGAGAGAGCUCUCUUGCGACGCAGAAGGCUUAUCAUUUUUUUUUUUUGCUAAUCUAGAGUUAUGGAUAUAUGGGAACGAUGCUACGGUGAUGUCAAUGAGUGAAUGAGGGGUGUUAGCCGUAGACUUAUGUCUAGAAGGAUAGCCUUUAGCGAAUCAGAUGGAGCAUAACCUUCUCCUGUCUCAGUAUCAUGCUACGGCCCUGCGGGAGUACUAGUUUAUAUUUGCGAAUCCGGGAUUGUUUCUCCUCUUACUGAUGUAGCUGGUGAUGAUGGACCUGUUGCUGAAACCAGGAUCUAGGAUGGUUGUUAAGCAUAUCAAUUAGCAGAUGAUAUUACGUACACUCUUACACAUAAGAAUGGGCCCAGGAGGAUUUGUUUUCUUCAAUCGCAUUUUUGGCUAUGCCUGUACUACCAUUUACUUCUGUAAAUGCUUAUACCCUUAUAAAUAAAUGCAUCAGUAGGUGGUCGCGCUUCCGAUUUGCAGAA